CACUGUAUUAAUAUCUGUACACGGAGAUGAAAUUAGCGCUGCGCUCUCGGCCGCUUGUGAUUAAACACCGCUUUGCCUUUGCUCUGUCAGCCUCACUGCUAGACGCUAGCAUUCACUCUCGCUGCUUUAAUUUGUAUUUGUCAAUCUUCUGUCCCUUUUGUCCUGUAAAUAUACUGUCGACCUGGUCGUUCCGUUUCAAUAUACUUGAAUAAAAUGGUCGUUUUGACAAAUGAUGAAGAACAGGAUUACAUCCUGAUAGAAGAACGCAAAUGCGUUUCACUGCCCUGUUCACCUGCUAAGCGAGUGUCUCCUGCCAAAAAGAAGCAGUUUUACAUCAAUCAAGCCAUUCGCAACUCUGACCUCACUCCACGUGCCAAAGGCAAGAAAAGCCUUCGCCGACAGGAGAACACACGCUUUCUUGCCAAUCUUCUUGAGAAGGAUGAAUGCUCCAAAGACGAUCUGGAGGUUUGCAGCAACCCAGCAAUCCCGUCCAUCUUCACUGAAGCCUGCACCAAUGGAAACUAUAUUGAGCCAUGGAAUGACUUCAUGAAUUGCUCUGGUGAGGAGCAGGACAGGCUGCUUUCUCUACUGGAACAUGAGGGGGCCAAGAGGAAAAAUGCCAAUCAGCUUCUCAAGGACCACAAGAAUGUAUAUCCUGCCUUUACUGCUCAGGAGUGCUUCCACAGAAUCGAUCGCAGGCUUCGAGCGACUCUGAGACGGAAGCAAAUACCCAUGGGAACGCUGGAAGUCAUUGAGGAAAACCUUCUGAGUUUCUUCAGCGCUGAUCCUCAGUCAGUUUACACAACUAUCCUCAGCAGCAGUUUUGAGAGACUACUUCUUCAUGCCAUCUGCCAGUAUAUGGACCUUGUCUCUGCAAGCAUCGACUACAACGGCUCGCGUCAGACGGAAGUGGUGAACAAACAAGAGGAGUUUCUUCCUCCUGGACUUCUGCUGUCUGCCUACCUGGAGCAGAUGAGCUGAGACUGGAGCCACGCCUCUUUCCCUCCUGUUCUUCUGCAAACACAAGCUCUGUCAAAUGUAAAUAGGAUGUGCGGUUAAUUGUCCAUUAAUUCUAUCCACAAAAAAGUAACAAUAAGUAUAACUGUAGGGAUGGUAUGUUACAGGUGAGCUGCAGCUUAAACAUCCAACUACACCUUCACCUUACAUAUCUAGAGGUUUUAAUCCAUCCUGCAGACCAAUUUCUCACCUGUUGCUAGCUAGUCUGAAGCAAACCCCUCAAAACAUUUUUUUUAAUGUUAUCAGUCUUGAGAAAUACAGUUCAGAGUAACAGAUAAUGGUGUUUGCAAUCACUAGUGAUUACAAAAUAGUUGUAAACACUGUUUUGAUUAAUGCCACCACUUGAGGACAUUUCUUAAUUAGAAUUUAGCUGGACAUGGACAGUAAAAGCAGCUUUUUGUCAUGCACGUUUUGUACUGUGUGAGCACUAACUAGAAAUAUACAGUGAGCUCAUGUUCUUUAAAUGCUGAUUUAUACUUCACAUACAUGUUAAGAGUUAAAAGAGAAGAAUAAAUAUGGACCAAAAACAUGUUUUGCUCUAAGCUACAAAGCCUAGGUUACUGUCAUGUUCCAAAUCCCAACGGUUACAAAAGUUAUUUGUUCCGAUCGGCCUGUUUUACUUUGGUGAGGCUAAAGUAUACGGAGGCCUCAGUCUUCCAUGCAGCCGUCUCGGGUUCGAGUUCCCACCCUGGAGACCUAUGUUGCAAGUGUCCCCUUUCUCCCCAUCCGACUUCCUGUCUGCCAACCUUGGGGAAUUAACAAACAAUAUAAGCCACUAGUGGAGCAAAAACCAAAGCUAUUUUUCCCACUUUCAUUGUGGCAUUAAUCCUGCACAACUCUAUACAGGAUAAAUGUCUGUAUUAGAAGAAAACACAAAAAAGCUGCAAUAACCUGGUUGCAUGAAUUUGAGCACACCCUUAAAAUAAUACUUUGUUUAAAAAAAAAAAUCUAUUGACUUAGUUUGGGUGUUCAUUCCUCUCAAGUACGAACUGAUCCAGAAGUAAAAUGUUUUUUGGUGAAGCUGUUAUUUUGUUUAUUCAGAUGUGUAAAUGUGGUUUGGUUCCCAACAGACACCUUAAGGUUUCGGGUCAUCAAUCAAUAAAAGCCCCAGUUUUAUCUAAGGAAAUGUGACCCCAGGUCCAGAACACCACCUUCAUGACUAGUUUCCACCUUUCCAUUGAUUAUGGAAAAAUGCCCAGUUCUGAUAAUCUUGCUGUUAUCCAGCAUUUCCUCCACUUAUUGAAGACUUUUCGCUGUGCCAUAGUAAGUGUAUUUAUAAUGAUGUGGACACCUGCCCCUUUGUUUUGCUCUGCAAACUGGCUUUAGUUGAAGGAUGCCAAUGGGUUUGGGGUACUGAACUUAAUUCAAGUUCAUCAGAUUCACUAUAAUUGAUGUUAUUUGUGCACUCAGGAAGAUAAAAUGUUAAAAAUUAGAUCCAAAAGUGCAUAAAAUUGUUCAAGGGUUGUGCAAACUCAUGCAACUUCUGUUUUACAUGUUUUUUUUACAUUUUCCCCCUAACAGAUAUAUUUUACAGUUGAAUUGUACAUGAUGCAUGCCAAAUUGAAGGUGAGAAAAGUUUUGAAAUUAAUUAUUUCAAUUCUUACAUUGCGAAAACCUGACAUUACCAAGGCUAUGCAUACCUUCCAGAUCCACUGUAAAGUUGCCGUAGCCCCAGUUAUUUGACUCAGACCCAGUGCUCUGCAAGUCAAAAUGUACAAAAUGUGGACCUGCUUCUUAGCCAUCACUUGAAAUAUUUUAGUUAAAAAAAGACUGUAGUUGGGGGUUCUCAUAGAGCUUAUGAAAACUAAAUACAGUAUAAUCAGUGUAAGCUGUAGUUGGUCUACUCACCUUUUGAGUACAUUUUCAUAUAUUUUAAUACAAUCUCUCAAGGUGAAAUACAGCCUUUAGAGUAGAAACCGGUAUGCCAUCAUGAGAUGAAUAUUUAAAGAACUGAACUCGUAGAGUGUCCUGCUCAUGUUAACCAAUAGCUGGAUUAGUUAUUUAGCUAGAAAAAAAACAAUAAUACCUGAAGAAAUGAUGGAAAAUUUACUCUGGCAUCUGCACCUCUGUAGUUCUGUGUGGGCUUUAAGGAGUCUGUUGCUCUGUUACAUAAUUGCAUGAAAGGUGCUAACACUGCUCCCAAAUCAGAUGCAUAUCUGCCUGAAACAGUCACCUUCUAGAUUUCCGUCAUUGAGGUUUAAAGCAUGAAUCCUAGUUUUCCUCAUGUAUGCACGGAUAUGUCGCUCGUUGUUUAGGGAACAUUUUUCCCGUCAUCCAUAUAGAGUUAAAGCAGGUUUAUUUACUCUGUAUAUCUGUUUGCUUUCAUCUGCCUGACGCAACCACACCCUGUAUGCACUGGAAAAGUUUUCAUUACCAAAACGUUCAGCAUUUAACCCGCGCUACUGUAACCACUGCCACCUGAAACACCGUUCAGGCUUUGAGCUCAGAUCUGUUACAUAUCUCAAUGUCUCUGAUUACACAGCAGAUCCAGUGUGGACGACUGGAGCAGCUGCUGUUCUGGUGCUGGUUUCUGGUGUAGACAGAGUAUCUGUGUUGUCUCAGUAGUAGCUUCUCAACGAUGAGGAACUUUAUUGUAUAUAAAAAGCUGUAACUGAAGCCUGCAUAUUUACAUGCAUGUCUGCAUUAUGUUUCCCCUAUAAAUGCGCAGUGAACUCUUUGUUUAUACACAGAACAAAGUGCUUUAACAGCUUCUUUACAUUAACUGAUACUAUCGUUUAAUGAUAUAAAUCAGCAGGCAUCAUUCACAUUUUUCUGAUCCGAUCCACAUUUAAGGACUUAUAAUUAAUUAAAAACAGUUGCAUUAAAAACCUUUGAAACCAGAACAAAAGCACUUCUGUCUUAUGAACACAGUUUCUAUAAUUUGUACAUAAAUUUCUACAUUUUUACUUGACCAGAUUUUAAAAACAUGUAUCCAGAUUCUUACAAAAAAACAAGAAGACCUGUCAUUUUGUCAACAACCAAAGUUUGUGUGUGUGUUGCGUGGAUACAUCCAACUUCUCAGGCUUUGAAAUGGUCAUUGAAUGUCAUGUUAGGAUUUCACAUGUCUGUUCUGUUUACGCUGUGUUUUACUUAGAUGAACUCGAUUGGUUCUCUGGAGCUCUUUGAAGGGCUGACAGCUUUUUAAUUACAUGUAAUCACGCUGUAAAUAUUUUACUGACUUGUGCCAAAAUUAGGUUUUUGAAAGUUUAAAAGUCUGAGAGCUUUAUACGUGAUACUGGAACAUCUUUGUGUAUACCUGAUGUGCUAAUUUAUGAUCUCUGCCGCUAUUAAAGGGGAUUUAAGGUGUA